AUGAAUAGCUUUUUGCUCUUGCUUCGUAACCCAGACGCCAAAACCCAGGUUUGCUUUGCCUGCUACGGGGUCCCCAGCAGGUGGGCUCUUUGGUCCCAGGAUUUCUACAAUUCUUCUCUUCCUCCUGGAGGGCGUGAUGGACGUGCAAGCAGGCCUUCAAUGCUCGCCUCCGUCACCUGGGUCUGGCCUGGUUGGCUUGGUUUGGCUGCACAGAUACUCUCCGUGGUAUCCGCUCCAUCCAUCACCAUCAAUCCAUCCAUGAAACUCUCUCUCUACAAGCUCCCUGCGCAGACACCACACCUACCAUAUACCAAUACCAAGACGUCUCUCUUCAUCCUCGGUCCUCAACACCAAGGUUUAGGGCUUGGCGCCAUUUGGGGCUGGGCGAUGGAACAAAAGGGGGCUGUUCCUUUCGCUAAAAAAACUCAACUACCGCUGCGUCCUGCAUUGCCCAGUUCCCAAGGCCAAGGUUAUUUUGACGAAGAAGAAGACGCAGAAGGAGAAGGCCGCGACAAUACAACUUCUCGACUUAUUCAGCUGUGGAUUCCACUGGAUCUGAGAUGA